AUGGACAAGGACAGUGACAAGCAACCGCUUUUGAGUGAGGAGCCUGCUAUGGAGAAUGCAGCCGCAGCAGCAGAACAAAGAGAAACAAAUGACAGCCCGGGGGUGGCUUCCCGAAGCGUAGAAAGCAGCAAAAAGGACAAGCAACAAGGUGAAUCCCGUGCGUCUCUCGAGAGGAUGGCGGAUAAAAGUGGAGAAUCGGCGCCUCUUCGUUACGCUGCUCCUCUUGGGGGCCGCAAAGGGGCCUUGCUGCGGUCUCUGCCCGUCCUUUUUGUACUAUCGCUCGUGUCUGUGGUCGUUUCGGUGUACAUGGCCUUCCACAUCGCGCCCCUCAUUAUGCAGCAUGAAACAGAUAGAGAAGGUUUCUCUCGAGGUCUUGGGGAGCUAAUUGCCUUUGGUUUUCUCUUUGUAGCUUUUAUGGUUUGUUUCGGACUAAGCGUCUUUGUCCACCCGGGCAGCCCAAGUGAAACUGAAGGAGAGGCUUCAGAGUCCCUUAAUGCAGAGAUGAAGGGCAGUGGAGGUAUUCGCGUGUGCAAGUGGUGCGGAAUCGUGAAACCGGACAGAACGCAUCAUUGCCGCGUGUGCAGGAGCUGUAUCUUGAGGAUGGAUCACCACUGCCCUUGGCUCGCGAACUGUGUUGGAUGGGGAAAUCAUAAAUAUUUUAUGCUUCUUCUGUUGUACGGAGCGCUUACGUGUUUAUUUGUCGGCGCAACUAUGGUCGAGUCUCUCAUCAAAGUCGUCCGCGAACCAAAGGCGGAGUUUGGUGAGAUGUUUGCCUUGUUGCUGGGAUCUACCUUGGACUUGCUCCUCUUUGUUGUCCUCCUGCUCUUUGGCGCCUUCCACGUAUACUUGCUCGCGAAAGGCAUGACGACAAUCGAAUUUUGCGAAAAACGAUUGCGGCGAACGGAGCAGCAACCUCCACCGGACAUGUGGAAUAUGGGGCUGUGGAAGAAUUUCAAUGAGGCCUUCGGCUACAACCCUCUUCUGUGGUUCCUACCUAUCGACAACCGUCGGGGUGAUGGGAGGCAUUUCUUGUUGCGCCGACCUAGGUUCGGUGCUCCGACGACUACCGACUUGGAGCCAGGGGCCUCGGAUAGUCCAGAUGAGACAGGGAAGUGGCCGCAAGCAGCGGGGCUAGGCCACGAGGAACUACGAAGUUGGCGAGCGCGCGGUUACGCAGGCACAUAUUGGUUUGCGGAGUGCGGGAAGCCCUUCGCUGUACCGAGGAGCACGAAGGAGGGGAGAAAAGUGCAGGCCAAUUUCCUUUGGAGAGUCUGGGCCAGCAAUAGUGUGGAUAUGGACAGAAGUCAAGACUACGAGUUGGCUGACAAGGGGCCAUUCCCCAAAAGGGGGCGCAAGGGGCCAGCAUGGGACUAA